UGUAGCUCGCGUGGUGACCUGUCUCCGUACUAUCAGUGGCGAAGAAUGACGGGACGUAGAAACUACAAGUAGAUAGUCUUUCUUUCACAAUGAAAAUUGUGAAUAUUGAUUUUUUAGUUUCCGGUAAUGUCAAGAACCAUCAGCAUAAUCGCGCCGAAGUAGAUUCCUAAGGAAAACGUACCUACAAUGUAAGAGCACUCAUCUUGUUUUUGUUUAUCAUCAUCAUCAUCAUCAUCAUCAUCAUCACGACGAGUGUGUUGAUGGAGCAGGCCUCAUCGAAAUCGCCUUCGGGAGUGGGAGCGCCAGAUGCUCCUGGACAAGUGCAGCAAGCGGAAAAUGAACUACAGCCCUCUGUACAACUUCCUGCUGCCGGGACAACGACCGGAAAAAAUAACGUUACUACCAGGAAGCUCGAGUUCGAGAUUUAUCUCGAACAGCUGAAGCGGACCCUGAUUUUCCGCCCGGACGCGAUAUGGCAAAAGAAUCCGGAUACGCAGAGGGAGGAGAAAUGCACGCAGAACGUGUUUGCCUUAGCGCAACUGGGGGUCCGAGCGCUGCGCGUAAAAGAGCAGCAAGUAGACCGCCAAAUUGCGGAGGCGCAAAAAACUCUCGAUCAACUCCGAGCGAGUAACGACCGCACGCAUCAACAAGAGGACGGCGGAGGAAAUAAAGAAACCGCUACUGGAGGUGCUGACACCGUGGAGGAGGAGGGUGAAACAAGUAAAAACAAAAAGAAUUCAUCAAGCUCGUCUUUAUCUUCAUCACUCUUUGACCUCGAGAAAAAACAGAUAGCACGGAAAUUCCUCGUUCUCCGGGACGCAAAGCGGGCGCACUUUCGCUCACGAGAGGAGCAGCAAUCUCGCGAUCAAACGGAAAAUGAAAAUCGAUUUCCCCCGACGAGCAGUUCGAGUGCCCUGCAGAAAAAAGACUUUCUGGACGAGCAACUAUCUUCUACCUCAAGAAUUAUGCACGACGAAAAAGGUGGAACAGCACCAGGUGCGAGGAUACCAGGAGCCCCUGCGGCAAACAAGACAGGAACUACUGCAAUAGGAUCGCUCCCCAUGGCCAGUGGAGGAAGUGCACCUGGUCCCACGACCACAGCGAUGAUCAUGCCGACGUCAGCAACAGGAUCAGCCCACCAGCGACAGCUACGUGGCGGAUCAUCUUCUUCCUCUAGUACAUCGCGCAUGAUCGCUGGCGGUUUGCUAGCCAGAAAUAGAGAGAAGAAAGAACCCGUACCCGUCGCGGAACUCAAAGCUCUGCAAGCGACGGUAGCCGCGGACAAGGCCCAAGAGCAAGUACAGGUGCUUGAAAAAAAUAUGGAGAGCGACUUUUUACCCACGCACGUCGUGUUGGGUCCGGAAGGAGCGCAUCAAGUAGAACGAGUGAAGCAGGACCACGACCCGAUGGCCGUUGGCAAUAGAAGGAAGUCUGGUAUUUUUGGAAGCGGUCUCUUGUCUCCGGCACAUGAAAACCGCGAGGAGGUGGGCGGCGCGUUCAUAGCACCAUCUGCCGAGCCAGAGGACGACUUGUCCAUUUUUAUGGCCAGACGGGGAGCUCCUGGAGGCCGAGGCCGUGGAGCCCGAACCCAAGCAUCGACCCGCUCUGCCAAUAGCACUCGAGCAAUACUGUCUGCGGGCGAAGGCGACGAAGCAAUCUACCUCACGGAUGAAGUGGGUAACGACCGCGACUUGGCACAGUUCAUGGUCAGAGGCAGAAGCGGUGCGAAAGCUGCAGCACCAGCACGCGGCGGUGCCAAAAGAAGAAAGGAUCAAGUUUUCACUUGGUCAAACAACCGCAGUGUCGAUCGGAAUUAUGCAGGCCCUGGAAGAACUUCUGGAGAUAAUUCGUCGUCUCCGGAGGGAGGCGAUGACCGCAGUGGCUUGCUGGAUCGGGACGCAGAGGAAGACGAAGAUGCGUGCGAUGGUGAAGAUGUGGAGUAUUUCUCUCAGAAGCCCCUCACCAGCGGCAUCUCUCCACUGCACGGAACAUCAAUGUUGGGUGGAGCAGAACCUGCAAUUGCAAGAGCAACAAGCGCAGCUGAUGCUGAUUUCCAGUCCUUUCUGAUGUUCCAACAAGAACAUGUAGUAGAAUCAGGGCCUGGUACUAACCCACCACUACCAGCUUCGAGUAACAAUACCGGUGCAACAAGUGGGCCGACGAGGAAGGACGAGGACGAUGACUUUUUGACUGCAGAUUUGAGUCUGGAGAACCUCUACGCUACCGCCGCAUCGAAGAAAAAAAUGAUAGAGGAUGGUGCUAAGGCCGGAUCGGGAAGAAACGCAAACGCUGGCGUUCCUGCUGUCGGGCGAUACCAAGAAGCUUUUGCCCCUGCAGGACCGGUCGGGGCGUCUUCAACGAUGAAGGUGAACACACACUCUCACUCGCCUCCUCCACAAAUAGGUGAGGAUGACGGCGCCGCGCCAGGACAAAUCACUGCAGAUGUUGAAGGUGUCCUGCCAGGCUCCUCUCGACAUCAGUCGGACGAGAUUUUGGACACGAAUGGAACAGCACCUGGCCUGAAGAAGCAGAAAACCAGUGGCAGCGACAAUGUCAUCGGUCGAGAGGACCUGGUUCGACCGGUGCCGCAGGCCGCCGCGACAUCGUCCACAUCAAAGCAAAAAAGUCAUCAAGAUGAUAUCUUCAGCCGGCUUUUUGAAAGCUCGUCCGAGGAACUUUCUCCAUGAUACCCGCAAGUAUAGGUCUGUCGUAGAGGAAUAGAUACUUACUCUAGGUUGAUCCCUCAAUUUUCGGCGCUCAAGAACAAUUUGAUGUUCAACAAGUAGAGUAAGAUGAUUAUGUAGAUAGUGCAGAAGAUUCUUCAGCUGUGCCUGCUAGACCCUAUCGAUACCCGAAAAAAUGUGUUGUACCAACGCACAAAAAGCUUGGCGCAGUACAGUUUUAGCCUUUCAUCUCUUCGAUGACGGCUGUUCAUUUGGGCAAGAAACAGCAACACAAGAAGAACAACAUUCGGAUUCGCAG